AUGUCCAAGGGUAUCUUGGAUUUCCCGGACGAGGUGCUGGUCCGAAGCGCUCGUUUCGUCCAUCAAGAUACUCACAUCCCGCUUCCUUCCUUGAUUCCUCACUUCGGGGACUUUUACUCACCCAUCGACCCGUUCACAACGGAAACCUUCAGCAUCUUCAACAGACCUGUAGAAGAACCUUUUACACCAUUCCCUUACGAGGCCUACACCUGCCAAUCUCCGAAUGGAAAAGUCUUGAGCCUCAUCUGUCAAGGCCUUCUCGCAUCAAGGGGGCAAUUACAUAUCGGUUCUUGGAGGUACUCGGACCCCUCGUCCGAUCCGAAUUACAAUGCGAUAACCAUGUGGGACACACUCAUCACCUUUCUGUCUCAGCUCACCUCUUUAGAAGAGCUCGUAAUAUAUGACCUACCCCUAUGCUUCCAUAAACCUGGUCAGAAUCUCAUUAAACAUCUCCCUCCACCAGCCGGCGACAUCCUUCCCUCACGUGAAAUCAUUAUCGUUUCUGCUAAAUCGUAUCUGCUGCUCAAGGCAUGUACCGCGACAUUUUAUUCCCUCAUGCCCAUUCCUCAGCAAUCUCAAGCUCUCUUGGUCGGAGGGGACCUCGACAACCCUCAGUAA